AUGUGUGAUACUACAAUGAAUACCAACAACAACACCAACAAAAACACCUCCACCUCUACGACUAGCACCAGUGCUCCAUAUCAUGUCCAUAGUUUGGCUGAUAACUGGAGCAAGCUCCAACCAAUCCUCGAAAAGGUUAUACUCAAAAAUAAUAUUCCUGGAGGUCUAGACAGAGGCAUGGAUAUCAUCACAUCCUGGUUUGAAACUAUAUCAAAGAGUUCCGAUAAAAUUAAUAUAUUUAAAAGCAUAGUUGGUUUAAUUCCAGAUGAAGAUAGAAAAGGAACGACAACAACAUCAAGAUUAAGUUAUUCAACAUCAUCAAUAUCAGAUUUAAUUGAAAAGGAAGAAUUUGAAAAGAAGAGAUUGUCCAGUCCCGACGAUGAAUAUGAUUUUAGAAACAAGAGAAUGAAGGUUUCCAGACUGCUCUGCAAUGAAGAUAUAAACUCGUCAUCGGUCGGCGACAAGUCUGACGAAGAAAACUCUGACGGCCCCGAAUAUGAUGAAGAAAACUCUAGCCUUGAAAGCAACUCGCCCAACGGUGGCGCCGCCGACGAAUAUGGAGGCAGCGACUCUGAACUGCAAAUUGACGAAGCCGACUUUGCCGCACAAAAGGGAAGAAAGACUCUGGAAAUGUCCGGAGGCAGCGUACCACACCAAUCCAAGAUGGGUGCUCCCAACAAGAAUAACUCGGCCACUGGUGGUGCCAACGCCAGCCUCUCGCCAUCACCCAAGCAACUCAUGAUCAUCCGCGAAAAGAUGCUCGAUGCCGCCGCCAUGAACAUGGAGCGCCACGCCAUGAUGAGCAGUGCCUCUGAGAAUAGCAGCUCGUCGCCGGAAGCCUCCCCCACCAUGCCACCCCGUCGUGGCCGUCUCCCCUCAUCCGCACCCCUCAUGUCGCUCCAGUCCCGGGGCCAUUCAUUUCCAUUCUCGCGAGACUCCCACGUUCCCGAGCAACCAGCCAUUCGAUUUCCCCAGGAUGACAUGGCCAGCCUCCUCUGGGCUGCCGAGAUUAAGCAACGAGAGACUGACCCAUCCGAGCCAGAGAUUAUUCAACAGCCUUCCUCCUCUUCGUCUUCAUCUGCCACCUCCACCUCCAAUUCCUCCUCGACCAGCAUCAAACCAAAAUACACCUCAAUGAUUCUAUCCCCUCCAAAACAAACUGCUGUUCCAACUAGAUAA